AACGAAUAUUCGGAUGACCGCACUGCGCAUCCCGCAGGGACGUAUCAAAUGAUUCUUUGCUGUUGAGAAUCGCACCUUCCAGGACAUUCCGUCAUUCCGUCUUUCGUGACAACCGUUUUUACCAUCUGUAUGUUCCUUUUAUAUAGUCUCUUGUAUCGAAUGAUUGAAAAAUCAAUGUGAGAUUAUAUUUAACAAAGAAUUGACGUUAUUUAUUAUUAAAAGAUUUAUUAUUGUUAAAUGUUACAGUUGCAUAGAAAAAGUUGUACAUCAAUUUUGGAGUAGAUUAAAACUUGAAAUAAUGUGGAAUAUUGAUAUCAUAGAGAUAUAGUUGUAAAGUGUGUUAUUUCGAAAAAAAUAGUUGCUACAAUAUUAAAUGUACGUGAAUUCACCCGUUAUGUCCACGGUUGCAUACGUUCCUGAAACUAGUCGUCUGCUGUGACGCGGAACAAAAUGGCGGCAGCUAAUGAAGUGCCGGUAGAAAUCAACCAAGGUGGCAUGUGUACAACGGAAAAUCAGACUUCAAAAAUGGAAUCAAUGGAUGUUGGAGAAUCAGCUCCUGCGCCAGCUACAAAUGCUAGUGUACCACCAUGCAAAGAAUCUGUAUCUGUUGAAGAUAUGACAUCUAGAGAUUAUUAUUUUGACUCUUAUGCUCAUUAUGGAAUUCAUGAAGAAAUGCUAAAAGAUGAAGUACGGACAAUGACAUACCGUAACUCCAUGUACCACAAUAAACAUCUUUUUAAAGGAAAAAUAGUUCUUGAUAUAGGUUGUGGUACAGGUAUAUUAUCCAUGUUCGCAGCAAAAGCUGGAGCUGCUAGAGUGAUUGGAAUAGAAUGUUCCAAUAUUGUUGAAUAUGCAGAAAAGAUAGUGGAAGCUAAUCAACUUUCAAAUGUUAUAACGAUUUUGAAAGGCAAAGUUGAAGAAGUUUCUUUACCAGAUGGUAUAGAAAAAGUUGAUAUAAUUAUAUCUGAGUGGAUGGGUUAUUGUUUAUUUUAUGAAUCUAUGCUGGAUACGGUGCUUUUUGCUAGAGAUAAGUGGCUUCGUGAAGAUGGAAUGUUAUUUCCUGACAAAGCAACUUUAUUUAUAUGUGGCAUCGAAGAUAGACAAUAUAAAGAUGAAAAAAUAAAUUGGUGGGAUGAUGUAUAUGGCUUUGAUAUGAGUAGCAUAAGGAAAGUAGCCAUUAGCGAACCACUGGUAGAUAUUGUAGAUCCAAAACAAGUUGUUACAAAUGCAUGUCUUAUCAAAGAAGUUGAUCUGUAUACUGUAACAAAGGCAGAUUUAGAAUUUUCAUCACCAUUUACUCUUCAAGUUCGUAGAAAUGAUUAUGUUCAAGCACUAGUUACAUUCUUCAAUAUUGAAUUCACUAAGUGCCACAAACGAAUUGGCUUUAGUACAGCACCUGAAGUGCAGUACACGCACUGGAAGCAGACAGUGUUCUAUUUUGAUGAAUAUAUGACAGUGAAGAAAGGAGAAGAAAUAUAUGGUGUAUUCUCCAUGAAGCCCAAUGCAAGAAAUUAUAGAGAUCUGGAUUUCAGUAUUGAGUUGGACUUUAAAGGAGAUCUGUGCGAAAUUCAUGAAACAAAUACGUAUCGUAUGCGCUGAUAUCCGUGAGCUUCUAUAUCCUUCUUUUACUACAAUAGUUCUUCAGACUGUUUAGUGAAAUCUGAACUUAAAACCCUGUUAUUAUUAUUGAAUUGUGCUAAUCAUCUACCAUAUUUAACAGUACGGUACAAGUACGAUAAAAUAUAUUUUACUCUUUUUUACGACUUCAAUAAAAUCUAAUAAAAUGGUAUCAUCAUUUUUACAUAUUUGUAUGCUUUAUUUCUCUAUAAUAUUAUAAAAUAUAAGACGAUAAGUAGAUUUGUACGUAGCAUUAUUUUUUACAUAAUAUGUAUUCUUGUACCGUAUUAUCAAAAACAUUUUUUAAAAAUGUAUUAAAAAUUUUGAACUCUUACUGAAUAAUAUAUUACUAGAUAUUACUGUUACAGAUGCUUAUGUUUCUGAAAAAUGUUCUUGAAAAUUUCAAUCAUCCAAUAAGUCAAUAUAUAGUGUACAUAGACAGAAUAUUUCACUAAAAUAUUCUUGUUUUUCUUUUUAUUUUUUAUCAAGAUUGCCAUGCAUAUGUAUGACUUUCAUAUGAAUAAUAUUUAUGUGUAAUGACUUAUCAGAAAAAAGCAUACAAACAUGUAAUCAGAUAGAAAAUGAAUUUUCAUGCAUAAUAAAAAACAAAAAAAUCUGUAUUAAAUAUUUUAUAGUAAGCAAACACAUAAAGACAAAGUGUAACUCGUCUUUGUGACAUUCAAUAAAUUAUGAUUGUGCGUGAAAAUUCUAACGUUCUAGUAUUGCCUAUGAAUUAUGUAUUAAUAACGAAAUUCCCUAAAUCAAAUUUUCUAUUUUUUGUUUAUUCCAUUUGUAUUAUCAUUGUUUGGAUGCUUCCGUUUAAGUAAAUAAGUUACUCAAAAUGAGUAAACACUAAUAAUGUGGAAUUAAGAUAUUUAUUAAGUAUACGCGUCAACAUACAAAACACGUGUGAUAAUUUUUAAUACAUUAAUAUUCAUCUUUUGAUUCAAUUUAAUUUUUGAGAGAGAGAUAGAGAUAUCAUAUAUUAAAUUACUGAUGCUAUAUUACUCAAUAUAAAACAAUUUAGUGUUAAUAAAAUUUAAAAUUUGUUUUAUUGUUUACUGCACUAUUAUGAAAGAUAAUAUAAUUUUAUAUUUUACAUUCUUUUAGUUAGAUAUUAGAACUAAACCAAUGUAUAAAUUGUGUGCAAUGAUGUAAAUGAAAAUUUUUUCUAAUAUAAUUAAAGCGGAAGCAUGUUCUUAUCUUAUACUUAUGUCAUGUACAUAAUUAAAAGAGAUGAAAGAAAUAAUGAGUCCUAGAAAGGAAUAGUUCCUUUAUGACAAUUAUUAUACAUUAAUAAAUUGUUAGUAUACAUUUGCUAUAAAUGAA